CACUUUUGGAGCCGGUCGUUCGACAUUCGCGGCGGCAGACAUCUUGGAACACUCUCUUCCCAUCACUCGCAUCAGCAACACACUUCGAGACGAACGACAUUUUUCGACGAGAUCGUUCAUUUUUGGACCGAAUGUCAUAAGGGCUGAGGAUCCAAAAAACGAAAGGUAGAGUGCGCGAGUUUGAGACCAGUGAAAAGAGAUGUUUUCCUCGAUGAAAACGCUGAUGGCCGUGGCGGCCCGGGCCGAGCAGGUUGUGGCCCGUGGUUAUGCGGCAAAGGCUGCAGCCAAGGCGGCUGCCGGUGCCCAGGGAAAGGUGGUGGCCGUUAUCGGUGCCGUCGUGGAUGUCCAGUUCGACGACAAUCUGCCGCCAAUUUUGAACGCUCUGGAAGUUCAGGAGCGUGGUUCCCGGCUGGUGCUGGAAGUUGCGCAACAUCUCGGAGAAAACACCGUCCGUACCAUUGCCAUGGACGGUACCGAGGGUUUGGUGCGUGGCCAGCGAGUUUUGGACACCGGAUCGCCCAUUAGGAUUCCGGUCGGUGCCGAAACCCUCGGUCGGAUCAUCAACGUCAUCGGGGAACCGAUUGACGAGCGUGGCCCCAUCGAAACCAAUCUGUCCGCUCCGAUUCACGCCGAAGCUCCGGAAUUCAUCGACAUGAGCGUCGAGCAGGAGAUUCUGGUCACCGGAAUUAAGGUUGUGGAUUUGCUUGCCCCCUAUGCCAAGGGAGGUAAGAUUGGCCUGUUCGGCGGUGCCGGUGUCGGCAAAACCGUAUUGAUUAUGGAGCUGAUCAAUAACGUUGCCAAGGCCCAUGGUGGUUAUUCCGUGUUUGCCGGUGUCGGAGAACGUACCCGCGAGGGUAACGAUCUGUACAACGAAAUGAUUGAGGGCGGUGUCAUUUCGCUGAAGGAUAAGACCUCCAAGGUCGCCCUGGUAUACGGCCAGAUGAACGAACCCCCCGGCGCCCGUGCCCGUGUCGCCCUGACUGGUCUAACCGUUGCCGAAUACUUCCGCGAUCAAGAGGGACAGGAUGUGCUGCUCUUCAUUGACAACAUUUUCCGUUUCACCCAGGCCGGUUCCGAGGUAUCUGCCCUGCUGGGUCGUAUCCCGUCCGCUGUCGGUUACCAACCAACCCUGGCCACUGAUAUGGGUAGCAUGCAGGAGCGUAUUACCACCACCAAGAAGGGAUCCAUCACUUCGGUGCAGGCCAUCUACGUGCCGGCUGACGAUUUGACUGAUCCUGCCCCAGCCACCACCUUCGCUCACUUGGACGCCACCACUGUGUUGUCGCGUGCCAUUGCCGAGCUGGGAAUCUACCCUGCUGUGGAUCCUCUCGAUUCCACCUCCCGUAUCAUGGACCCCAACAUCAUCGGUGCCGAGCACUACAACAUUGCCCGUGGUGUCCAGAAGAUCCUCCAGGACUACAAGUCCCUUCAGGAUAUCAUUGCUAUCCUGGGUAUGGAUGAAUUGUCUGAGGAAGACAAGCUCACCGUUGCCCGUGCCCGUAAGAUCCAGCGUUUCCUGUCGCAGCCCUUCCAGGUUGCUGAAGUUUUCACCGGUCAUGCCGGCAAGCUGGUCCCUCUGGAGGAAACCAUCAAGGGAUUCACCAAGAUCUUGAACGGUGAGUUGGAUCACUUGCCAGAGGUCGCUUUCUACAUGGUCGGCCCAAUUGAAGAGGUAGUCGAGAAGGCCGAACGCCUGGCCAAGGAAGCAGCCUAAGGUUCUCUCCCUCACCAGCGUAAGUAGAAGCGUACUACAGCAACAGUAAUUAGUCGACAGUAGCAAGGAAAACAGAUCGCCCGAAUGGGACUCGGAAGGGGAUCCCGGAAUCCUCCCACUUUGUCCUGGGGUCUUCUUCAAGUUUCAUUCGUUGAACGAAUCUUAUGAAAAGCAAAUGUCCCUCAGCCCAAAUCUCGCAAUCGAAAAAGAAGGGGAACGAUGGUUCUAGCAGUUUAAGUAGUGGUUCAAAAUACAGACCUUUUAGUGUUAUCGCGAACAAAA